ACACAAAACACUCUAGUGGAAAUCUUCUCUUUCGCUCACCACCCAUUCGCAUCGGAGUCCAAAAUCUCCGCCAUUAGAUCCGAUCACUGAACCUCCAAUCAUGGUCGGCGGAUUCGAAGUCGGAGCCGUCCCUUUCAACCCCGACGGGUGGGGCCCUCCGGAAUACACAGUCGCCGCCGCCGCCGCCGCCAACCUCCCCCUCAAUGUCCCCUUCGCCCCCUUCUCCCGCUCCGACAAGCUCGGCCGCAUCGCCGACUUCACCCGCAACUUCAACAACCAGACCCGCCCCAAGAACCCCUCCGACUCCGUCUUCGACUUCUCCAACGACGACUCCUUCCCCGCCUCCGGCGAGGACGACUCGUCGUUCCGCCUCGUCGACGGCAAGCCCCCGCCGCGCCCCAAAUUCGGCCCGAAGUGGCGGUUCCAGCAGCAGCGCCAGCUCCCCCAGCGCCGCGACGAGGAGGUCGAAGCCCGCAAGCGCGAGGCCGAGAAGGAGCGAGCCCGCCGCGACCGCCUCUACCACCUCAACCGCUCCAACGCCAACGCCCCCCGCCGCGAGGCGGCCGUCUUCAAAUCCUCAGUCGAUAUCCAGCCGGAGUGGAACAUGCUUGACCAGAUCCCCUUCUCCACCUUCUCCAAGCUCUCCUUCUCCGUCCCCGAGCCCGAGGACCUCCUCCUCUGCGGCGGCCUCGAGUUCUACGACCGCGCCUUCGACCGCAUCACGCCGAAGAACGAGCGCCGCCUCGAGCGCUUCAAGAACCGCAAUUUCUUUAAGGUCACCACCACUGAUGAUCCCGUCAUCCGCCGGCUUGCGAAUGAGGAUAAGGCUACGGUUUUCGCCAUCGAUGCGAUCCUCUCCACGCUCAUGUGCGCUCCUAGGUCGGUUUACUCUUGGGACAUUGUGAUCCAGCGAGUCGGGAACAAGCUUUUCUUCGACAAGAGGGAUGGUUCGCAGCUCGAUUUGCUCUCCGUCCACGAGACCUCUCAGGAGCCUCUGCCGGAGGCCAAUGACGACAUCAAUUCCGCAUAUUCGCUCAGCGUUGAGGCCGCUUAUAUCAACCAGAAUUUCUUUCAGCAGGUGCUGAUCAGGGACGGGAACAAGGUGACUUUCGAUUUGCCGAAUCCGUUCGCCAACGAGGGCGAAGAGGUCGCCUCCGUCGCAUACCGGUCGCGGUGGAAGCUUGACGACGACAUGUAUCUGGUGGCCCGGUGCGAGGUUCAGAGUGUUGUUGAGGUGAACAACCAGAGAUCUUUCCUGACAUUGAACGCUCUGAACCAAUUUGAUCCCAAGUAUUCGGGUGUCGAUUGGAGGCAGAAGCUGGAGACUCAGAGAGGCGCGGUUUUGGCGACGGAGCUCAAGAACAACGCGAACAAAUUGGCUAAAUGGACUGCCCAGGCGCUUCUUUCGAGCGCGGAUUUGAUGAAACUUGGAUACGUCUCGAGGGUUCAUCCCCGGGAUCACUUCAACCAUGUGAUCUUGGCCGUGGUUGGAUAUAAGCCGAGGGAUUUCGCCGCGCAAAUUAACCUCAACACCUCGAAUAUGUGGGGGAUUGUGAAGUCCAUUGUGGACUUGUGCAUGAAAUUGAAUGAGGGCAAGUAUGUUCUUCUGAAGGAUCCGUCCAAGCCCCAAGUUAGGAUCUAUGAAGUGCCUGCGGAUGCGUUUGAGAACGAUUACGGCGAAGAGCCGUUGCCGGAGGAGGAGCAAGUGCAGCCGCCGGUGGAGAAUGCUGAGGGUGAGGCAAAUGCUGCUUCAAAUGAUGUCGAAGAUAAGCAGAUUGAUGCUGAAGCUUAAUGGGACUUCGGAGAGCGAAUACCUAUUUAUGACUAUGACAAUUGCAAUAAUGGAAGAGCAAAUCUACAAGGUCAAAUCUGUUAGUGCAAACUGUUUUGAACUGGAAUUGAACGUAUAUGGUUCUCCAUUCUUAAAUCUUUUUGAUAGGUAGAUACACUGAAGCAGGCAUGUGCUUUUUUUCCUCCUUUCGUUUUUUUUUUUUGUUUUUCCCCUUUUUGUUUAUGAGUUCCGACAACCUAAACUUUAUUUAUAUUUUUAUUACUUGUAUGUUCUUUUUUUGAAACUUGAUCACUGAGUUUUAGUUUUGGAAUGGAAGUCUUU